AUGAUGGAACCCUGUCAUUUUAUUCCUGAUUUAAUAGAUCAGAUUAGGUUGAUUAAUGACACGAUCUCCAAUGUUGUCGUAUACAAGAAAGAGAUCAUUUUAUUACGGACUUGGCUCUUAAAAUUAAGUUCAUUAUUCGAAACUUGCACAUUGAUUAAAAAGCAGCGAGCAUUAUUCGAAGAAACCGAGGCAUUACGUAGUAUCGAAACAAGUUUGGGCUUAUUAGCCAACACAAUCAAGAUGUUAACUGAUGGUGUAUGGAUUACUAUUGCCUUUAAGUGGCGUGCAGUCCAACCAACAGAUGAUUUGUUAACUAUUACUGUAACAAUAAAACGCGCCUGUACAGAACUUGACAUUAAUAUUGAAACUUUCGAACCUACAGCAGCAGAUUACACAGAAGACUAUCACGAAAUUUAUCAUGUCCUUGCUCCAGCUCAAAAUUCAACACCUGGAAUUAAAGAUCGUCUUAAAUCAAUCGUAAAAUUCUUAGAAGAUCAUAAUUUGCCAAAAGCAACUGUUGUACAAGAUAGUAUGAUUGCAGAAAUAUUUAGUCACAUCAAAGAAUACGAAGUUGACAGACAAGAAUUCCAACUUAAACAACAAAUCGGUACAGGUGCUACUGGCAACGUUUUUAAGGCCAUCCAUUUGCCAACAAAUAAAACUGUUGCUAUUAAACAGCUAAAUAACCUUGAUUUGACUGAUCCAGAAAUUGAAUCGCUUAGAAGAGAAAUUGCCAUUCUUUCUUCACUUAGGCAUCCAUAUCUUAUUGAAUUUGUUGGCGCGACAUCGACUCCACCAUACUGGAUUAUCACAGAUUUCAUGGACAACGGUUCCCUCUACAGCUGCCUCCGAAACAACCGCUUGAAUGCAACGGAACUUACAAAGAUAGCUUAUGAGUCCGCUGACGGUGUCGCGUAUCUCCACUCCAAGAACAUUAUUCACCGAGAUCUCAAAACUUUGAACGUUUUGGUCUCCCAGGAUAAUGAAGCCAGAGUCUGCGAUUUUGGUAUUUCCAGAAGCGCUGACUCCCAAAUCAUGACUGGUUUAGUCGGAACUUACAAUUACAUGGCUCCUGAAGUUAUUACAAGGGCAAGGUACACGCUGAAGGCAGAUUCGUUCUCUUUCGGCAUGAUGCUGUGGGAAAUGCUCACUGGACAAGUUCCUUUCUCUUAUGUUUCAAAUUCUUAUCAAAUUGGAGACUUAAUCGUCAAAGGACAGCGUCCAGAGUUCCCUCGUAAUACUCCUGCCCAGCUCAAAGACCUCAUCCAGAGCUGCUGGGCUCAGAAUCCCGAUUCAAGGCCAACAUUUGAACAAAUUAAGUCAAAUUUCAUCCGUUCGCGAAUCGCAUUCCCAGGAGCCGACAUGAAUAAGCUUGCUGCAUUCUAUGAACAAGCUCAAAACACUAAUUACGUUGACCAAACAAUUAAAUCAACCCGCCAUGCUUCAUUAAACAACGUGAACGUCGAUACACGCCCUAAGACACCUGAUGACGUAAUUAUUUCCCUCAUCGAAACCCCAGAAAACCCAACAAUUACAGAUCUGAUCAGAACUGAAGUACUUUCCAACAAGCCAGAGAUUGUUUCUAGUCUCCAACAGAAGCACUUCAUCGAAAAGGUCACUCCGAACCUCAUGAAGUUCAAGGAUAUCCCUAUAAUUACGGCCGCAUUGAUUGUUGUCAUGGACAACGAGAUUUCAGUGGCCGAAUUCAUCAACUCCGGUGGUGUUGAGACAAUUAUUGCAAUGCUCGACGAUAAGAACCUGAAAAUCGCUGAAUCCGGCAGCAGAAUUAUUGCUCAUAUCUCUCCCUUCAUUUCCUUGACGACCGCUGUUGAACUAUUCAAUGUUACAUUGGAUAGGAAGCUCUAUGAGACCUCCUGCAUCAUUCUCGAUGCAAAACCAGAAGCGGAUUUCAAAGAUUCUCUCGAAAACCACAAGUACGAUCUUCUUUCUGGUCUACAGAUGAAAUUCCGAGGCAAACUCUUCAAUGCUUACGUGUCUAUUUGCGGAUUCAGUCCAGAACUCGCUAAGCACAUCAAUGUUGACUUAGUUGUUUCGAAUUCUUCCGUCGAUUUCGCGGAAAACAUCUGUAGAAUUGACGAAUUCAAUCAGUCGAUUCGCCAGGGAGAUGUCAUCUACUUACUCAAGGCUUUCUCAGAGAAAAAGAACUCCCCUGACAUGAGAGCAGCUGCGGCGGUUGUAAUAACCGUUUUGCCGAUAAAAGUCAUUGAAAUUUUAUCGGCAAGGAAGUCAUUUAUUGAUGACAUUUUCCAGCUUCAGAACAUAGAGACUGCCGGCAGAUUGAUGUUCAGGUUAUGCCAGUUCUCUGAAGCUGCGAAAUACAUCUUACAAAAUGAAGAUUAUCUCAAGAAAAAUAUCAAUGUUCCUUCAAUUUUGUCACUUUUUAUCAGAAUUGGCGCAUAUUUUCCAUCGAAAGUUAUCAGCGACAAAUACGUAAUAGAUCGUGUUCUAUCACUUCUCAAGCACAAGAUCCCACAACUUCCCGAAGUUUGCAUGAGAAUUCUCGGUGUUUUGUCGUCUGCUCCCAAAUUUUUGCUACUUUGCGAAGAAGUUUCUGACAUGUUGUUUACACUUCUUCAAAUUGGUGCAUUGAGUCAAUUGGAGACAACAUUAGCUGUUGGCUGUUUGUACAACAUCUCAGAGAUGUCUCCAUUCAAAAAACUCGCACCACAAAUCUUGUCUCUCGCGGAAACAAACUCUGAUUACGCAGGAUUAGUUUUCAGAAUCGUUUCGAGAUGUCCUCUUCCUAGAGCGAAUAUUGGCAUUUCUGGAAGAAUUCUCGACUUGGUUGUUCACUUCAUUGCGAGUGAUGACAAGUACGGAGCAAUUGCUGCUUGCGAGAUACUCAUGAAGAUGGCUCAGAACCCUGAUUACACAAGGGCUGUUGAGAUGUCUUCUGUUUCAUCGAAAUUGAACAUGGCGAUGUCAAAGGAUUGUUCAAUCGACUUGUUCGUGAGGUUGGCUGAAGUCUCUGAGAAGUACAAGUUCAAUGUAACUGCCAGAGCACUCAACAACUGCGAUGGAAUGUUGACAAGAGUAAAUGUUGACUAUUUACUCACAAGACAGUUGAUGGAAAUGAGAAGCGGUUUAAGAAAGAGAUUAAUUGCAGAAUAA